AAGAAAAUAAGGCCCAACUUGUAUGACUUUUUCAUCCCUUCUGUUUCCCCCGCCAGUGGCUAUAAAACCAUAGCUCUUCAAAUUAAGAGUUCAGAUAUAUAUACAAGUAGUGCUCAUCAAGAAAUCAGACUAAAAAUGUAAGAAACUAUUUAUGAUGGAUGCAGAAAAGUUUUACAUAGCUACCAAAACUCUUACCGAUCAUUCGAAAUAUUUUACUAGUAAUCCAAAGAUCUAUGAUGAAGUUCGAGAUAAAUCAUAUCAAUCAUGUCACAAGACCAAGUAACUAGCCAUCUUUCUAAGAGAGAAGCAGCUAUCCCAACAGAGAACACAAAAAACAGCUUGUAGAGAGCACAUGGUAAGUGGUAAACACGAUUCAGACAAACAGAAAAUGUUUCUCAUGUCUCUGAAAUGAAUCUUGGCAAGAAACAAUGAUGUGAAUAAGUGAUGUCUCCCGAGACCAAAUCAAUUAAAAUUUUUUUCAUAUCUAUCACUAAAUGCAUUUUCUAAUUGUCAACAAGAUUCUUGAAUUUUUGUCUAACUUCAUGAAAACAAGAAACUAGAAAUUUUAAUAGAGAAUUCAAAAUAGAUGAGGAAGAAAGAUCAAAAACUGAGGAGCGGGAGCUUGUGGAAUCUGUUGACCCAGUAGCCGUUCUUGCGAAGAGGAGAGAAGCAAAGAGAAGUAGGUGGAAAGCGAGAGAAGAGACAGGUUAGGUCUAAUUAAUCCAGGUUACUUGUAACUUUUUGGAAAAGUUGGUCGUUUCUUGUUUGUUUGGUUAAUCCACUGUAAUAGAAAUGAUUAAUCCACGUAAUCCGUUGAUUAACAAAGCACCAUUAGAGAAAAAUAGUUACCAAUACCAUCAUGCAACCAAAUAACUUUGUAAAUAUAAAAUUAGACCGGAAAGAAAAACAUAUUAAAGCACUAAUGUUGUGUUUCUAAAUACACUAUAAAACAUAUCAUUUGCUCCAAACAUGUUCUGAAAUUUCGAAUUUUUUUCGAACCAUUGUUAAUUUAUGACGGUUGGUCGGUUGCUCACUAAAAUACAUCUAAUAUAUAUAGCAACCGCUGCAUGGUAAACAUAUAAUAUCUCCAAAGAGCUAAAAAUUCCCAACAAAGAUAGUUGUAGGUUCGUUGAGGACCGUUCCACUAACCCAUCUUCUCGUCUAAUCACCUUUAUAAAUACACAUCAACCACAUACUCAAAUUCAAACCACAGCGCUUUCUAAACCGGGCAUUAAUUGGACUCAGACAUGACAGGUCACGCUGGUUUAAGUAACAUGGAAACUGAGGAAGAGAAACAAGAAGCAGACGUACCUAAACAAGGCGGUGGAGAGGAAGACUGCGAGGAGGAUGACUUGUUCGAGAUAAACCUUGAGGCCGUGAGUGAUGCGAAGUCGUCUCGGCGGUAUGAAUGUCAGAGAUUUCCAGCAAGGACGGGGAGCGUUUUACUAGCGAACUGUCUGUUACCAGCUGCGGACAUCUCCGGUGCCGUGCCGGCGACGUCAAGGGCUUGGAAUGAUUUGGUUUGGUUUAAAAAGCUCCUCUAUGUUGAAAAUCUAGGGACUGAGAGUAAGAAGCUUAAUUAUUUUUGAAAACAAGGAAUUACGUUUUUUUUUGUAAUAUAUUCUACUUGUAUCUGUAGUGUAAUGUAUUUACUUGUAACCAUCUUUGUAUAUCUGAGUUGAAAGUCUUGAUCACAACAAAUGAGCUGAGAUAUGUUUGCUUUAUCCAAAUCAUCAAACAUCUAGCUGAUUUGCUAAACGUGGAAAAUGAGUAGAUCAAGAACAUUGCCGCUAAACCUAUCUUGUUACAAAGAUAUGAAAAUUGGGAAAAAUUUGUAGGCCAAGCAAGCAGAGGUUUAUUCCCAAGUCAAUUUCAGCGCCUAAGUUAGAGUGCCAAGAUUAGAUUAUGCCUUUUAUAAAACACGCUCUCCCUCUUGUUCUGGCAUUAAAAGUAGGAGACUAUACUGAAACACCUAAUCCAGAUGCUAAACCAACUCAUCUUCAUAAUCCAGAUGCUAAACCAACUCCUUGCCUGCUAACAGUGUCAAGCAUUGCUAGUUGGAUCUAAAUGGACAAUCAAAACUAAAACACAUCUCAUAACUUCCUACCAAAAGCAUAGGGCCAAAAGAAACACUUAACAAAAAAAUAUGCAUAUAAGCAUUUUGUUAUUCAUUCGUUCACGGCAUGAUGAACAUUCGGAUACUAUCCAUUCGGAUAAAAAGUAUCAACGAAUCGGAACUAAUCAAAAGUACAGUCCAAGAUAAAAGAGAACAUCUUUGAUGAAUUUUGUCAAUAAAAUUUACCUCUGAAAAAUCAAAGUGAAAGAUACAAACUUUGAAUCAAAUUCUCAUUUAACAUAUCUCCAAAGUCACCCAAAAAAAAAACAAGCCUUUACAACCUCGCUAUAUCAUAAACAGAGCAAAUCAAAACAGAACGAGAAGAGAGAAGAGACAAUAGAUCAAGAAACAAGCGUACGAGAUCAACCCACGAUGCUCCUCCCCUCCACCAUCAGCCAAAGACACAACCAAACAAGCACAAGCCCUCGUGGCCCACAACACAAACACCCCCGCACCCACAAACCUAACCACCCCAGCUCCCUGCGGCACGAACAACAACGA